AUGUAUAACAAACAUCUACUCUCUACCAAGAACCUGGAUGGUCCAAAAUUAGAUACAACUCAAGUUCGUCGUAAAAGCUGCGUUUGCGAUCAAUGCGGAGAGACUGCACUCAAGGAGAAUCAAUUACCUAAUCAAUUAUGCGAAAUAGCCUAUCACAAGAAGGAAAGAUUGGCUGAUGUUUUUCUAAGCAAAUUGGAUGGAGCUCGGAAGUAUAUGAGAAAUGAUCAUAAAAAAAAGAAUUUCAGAAUCUACGCAAGAAAUCCCCUAUUCAUUUUACGAUCCAAACCAGACCUCGACGAAAGCAUGCACUUACAAACUUCACCUACCAAAACCAACUCACCCGAACAACAACGAAUCAAAACUGAACAACCCCAAAUUGUCCAUUCUCGCAGCCAUAAAUAUGUCCCUACUUCCAAUUGCUUCCUCCAAAACAUCAAAUAAUAAGUCUUGCGUCAAGAAAAAACCAUCAACAGACUACUCAAGGAUCGCAAAGCCAUCCAGUCCGUUUAAUUCUCCCCUUGCGAAAUUAUACCCACUGCCAAGUCUCCUCAGAAAAACAAAAAAAUAUACAUGAAACAACUCAAACCCCUACCAAAACAAAAACAACUGCAAACCAAGUUUAAUUGUCUCAUCAGAGAAUUCUUCAACUCCUCCAAAUCCAAACAAUACUGA